GUCUUCUUUAGGUCUUUAUAUCGACUAAAAAAAUCGGCCUCCAUCGCCAAAUCUCUCUCACCAAACCAUUACACCGUCGAGGAAUCUCCGAAACCCUAAAUUCCCAUUUUCUUGUCAGUCUUCUUUUUUCGAUUACUCCUUCAACUUUGUUUUCUUUCAAUUUUCUCUUCAACCAUGGCCGCUCCUUUGGAUAUGAGUCUUGACGAUAUCAUAAAGAACAACAAGAAAUCCAGAUCCGGAAAUUCUAGAGGUCGAGGAAGAGGUUCUGGACCUGGUCCCGUCCGUAGAUUCCCCAAUCGCGCCGCUAACCGCACACCUUAUUCCGCUCCCAAGGCGCCGGAGACGACGUGGCAACAUGAUAUGUUCGCCGAUCCGAGUUCUGGAUUUCUGGUGCAAGGUGGGCGAGCUUCUGCUAUUCAGACUGGGACUAAGCUUUAUAUAUCUAAUUUGGAUUACGGUGUAUCUAACGAAGAUAUUAAGGAACUUUUUUCUGAAGUUGGUGAUAUGAAACGCCACGGAAUCCAUUAUGACAAAAGUGGGAGAUCCAAGGGAACGGCGGAAGUAGUUUUCUCACGACGACUAGAUGCUGUUGCGGCUGUAAAGAAGUACAACAACGUUCAGCUUGAUGGAAAACCAAUGAAGAUAGAGAUCGUUGGAACUAAUAUUUCCACGCCUGCUGUUGGUCCUACCGCUGCUGUGAACCCUUUCGAAAAUUCAAAUGGGGCUCCGAGAAGGCAGCAAGGUAGGGGUGGUCCACCAUCACGUCAACGUGGUCAUGGUUUUGGAAGAGGGCGUGGGCGGGGAAGAGGCCCUAGUGAAAAGGUUUCUGCUGAAGAUCUUGAUGCCGACUUGGAAAAGUAUCAUGCUGAGUCUAUGCAGAUAAAUUAGUUGGUUCUUAUAUAGAUGCUUUUGGUUCAACGAGCACCCUCUGUUCUCUGUAUCACCACCAUUGUCUAGACUUGGCAGAAAAGGGCUAUAGUUUUUCCGUGAAUUGGUUUGAAUUUCUUUACAGCUUUUGGGCUUUCUAUUGUUAGCUUUCGUAUGACUUCAGCACGGUAAUGUAAUUGAUGAACAGUAGUCACUGUGUACUCUGCUUUCAUUCAUUAAGUCCUUUCUGUUUCAUUUAAUGAGUUGGGAAUCAAAGGAUCUUCUAUUUCCCUUAGCCUGAUCACAUCUGCAAGGGUGACAUUGGUUGGAAUAAAACCCUGGCUGCUAAUUAUACAUCAAAUGAGUUGCGGUUCCCCAUUGAGGGAACCUCAACUCAAUAAAUCUAAUAUGUAAGGCAUUGAACCGAGAGUUGGCUAACGUGCUAAAAGAUGAACAGUCUUCAUAGCUAUGGGAUCCGACUCGAGGCGAAUGAAAUUAAGAAAUUUGCAAGAAGAAUAAGCCUUUGUUGGUGUAUGGAAUCUUUGCCUGCGUUUUAUAGUAAAAAUGCCUGAUAAUAGGUGAGAUAUCAUUAUUUUAAAGUAAUUGUCCAAAUGUAUGCAACGUGGUGGUGGUAUUCUACUGCUGUGCUUGUGGAGUGAAUCCGCUGAGCAGUUUGCCGCAACUCAGAGGCCUUCAUUUGAGGUACAAUACCAUCACUGUUGAGGGACAGUAUCAAGUUUUUA